UAAAGGGAAUAAAUAAUUUAAAAAAAAAAGAGAGUAGGUGGAGGAGAAAAUAAAGAAGAAAAAAAAUAGUGCAAGAGAAUAUUGUGAAGAUCCCACCACCGUCAAUGUGCUGUUCUUAACUUAUGUUAGUUCGAAAAUGUAACACACGUGAUCGUUGGUACCAACACCUCUCGUUUUAGACUCGACAUUGAAUUUUCGCCGGCGUGUUUUAGUCGUUCCUGUUUCUUCUUACAACGUGGACGUGAAACGUCCAAAGGAAAAUCUAUUGAGAUGAGGCACCACCACUACCAACACACCUCUCGCGAGAUUCACAGUAGGUAAUUCGUAUUAAAAGAUACGAAGAGAACGAUAAAAGGGGUGAAGAAGAAGUUAGAGGUGGAAAAGCGGGAGGAGGAGGGUUUUAAAAGAUAGAAACAAGACCGCGGUGAAGAAGCAGGAGGAAAGGGAAAAAUGGCGGUGGAUAUUUUAGACGAGGAUCAUUUGGCCGUGAGCGCAAUCGUUACGGUUGGAAUGCAACUGAUAUUCUUCACUAUAGCUGCUACAUUUCAACUGGACAAAUUGACGGAUUUUGCCGGUGGCACUAAUUUUAUUAUUCUUGCCCUUCUAACUUUUUUUCUCGGUCAAGUUGGCAAGCAUUACGACAGUCGGCAACUUAUGGUGACCGUAUUUGUAUGUCUAUGGGGUGUACGAUUAUCGGGAUAUCUUCUUUAUCGAAUCGUUAAAAUUGGACGAGAUAAAAGAUUCGCUGAUCGUAAGAGCAAUGUUAUUCGUUUUGCAGUAUUUUGGACAUUUCAGGCUGUAUGGGUUUACGUAGUGAGUUUACCGGUGAUAAUAAUAAACUCACCACGUCACAAAAUUCCACCUGCCCCAAAAACCAUGACCAAUUUUGAUAGUGCUGGUACUGGGUUGUUCGUAAUUGGACUUGCUGCAGAAACCUAUGCUGAUUUACAAAAGUUUGCUUUCAAACAGGAUCCCGUAAAUAAUGGGAAAUGGUGUAACGAUGGAUUAUGGAGAUUAUCUAGGCAUCCUAAUUAUUUCGGUGAAAUCGUAGUAUGGUGGGGUAUCUUUGUAAUAUCCUUAAACGUGAUUGAAGGAGCCGAAUGGGUUGUUAUCGCUUCACCGAUCUUUACUACGAUUAUCAUCCUCUUUUUAUCGGGUAUGCCUUUACUGGAAAAGGCCUCCGAUGAGAGAUAUCGAGAUAACGCUGAGUAUCGUUAUUACAAACAAUCAACGUCACCAUUGAUACCAAUUCCCCCAUCGAUCUAUGUCGAAGUACCACGUUUCUUAAAAUUUAUUUUAUGCUGCGAAUAUCCAUUAUACAAUUCGUUGGAUGCCAAACCACGUUCUGCUGUUACCGAAUCAACAUCAAUCAGUUUGGCAGCAUCAACGUAGCUGUAGCUACACGCCGGACGUCCUAAUUCGGAAUCCGGCGUGCAUUCAAAUACUACUGCAACAGCCAGUACAGCCUUUUAAAUAAUAAUUAUAAUAAUAAUAAUAAUAAUUACAAUCUUCUCUCUAUUAAUAACAACACUUUUUUUAAUCGAUUAUAUGACAAAGGGAGAACGUUAAAACAAUAGUAUUAUUGUUUAUUUCAUUCAUAAUGAAUAUUCCGAGAAUUUAUCUCGUUGUUGUUGGUCAUCUUUUCACAACUUGUUACCUUGAAAAGAAAAGAAAAGAAAGAAAGAAAGGUGAUCUAUAUAUAUUGUUAUUAUGUCUUUAGUUACCUGAGGAUCAUAUACAAGAAUGAAUAUAUAAGUUAUGUAUAUAUGAAUGAAUAUGUGGGUUUGUACAUGAACUUAAGUCGAGAAAAAAGAAGUUUUUCUUUGUUUGAGUCUGAACAAAAAUUGUCUCA